CGAGCAGACUCUCCAUCAUUUGUUCGACGACGGUUCGGAAGCCGAAACUAACGAACUUAGUCUCCUCGAGCCGUGCUCAUCAAACAGGCGAACUUUUGAAUCGAGUUGUCUGCACCGAACGAUACGGAAUGGGAACGAAGAAGAAACCCGUCAAGAAAUCGAAAUCCAAGUCGAAGAAACAUGCGGUUUCAAAACACGUGGAUCGGAGUCCUGAUCAAGAGGUCCCCCAAGAUGAAGAAUCGGAGAACACCGAUUUGUCCGUUUCGGAAAUGGAAACGCAAAGCCUCGACGAAGGAAGACCGCCUUCCGUCACGGUACCGGAUAUAUGUCCCCCUGAAGACGAAACAGUGGACACGGUUGUGGAACGCGAGGUAGAUGAGAAAGUUCCUGAUUUGGACGACGAAAGGAGUGAACCGAAAUUGAAACCCUCGCCAAUAUGCCACCAAAGAAUCGAGGAACUGAAGCAGGGUGGGAGAAAAUCCGCCAAGAGGAAGCUGUCGCUCCAAGUUGCCACCGGGGCGGCGAAACAGGAUACGCGUCGAGUGAGUCUUGCGGAUCUUAAACAAAUGAAGCAUCCGCUGCAGGACACUUGGACGUUCUGGUAUUACAUGGGCAAUAAGGGCAAACAAUGGAACGAGAACUUGAGGCAGGUCUGUAAAGUGGCUACAGUCGAGGACUUCUGGUGCCUCUACAAUGAUCUGAUCUGCCCAUCCCAAUUGACGCCGGGCAAGGACUUCAGCUUCUUCAAACGACACGUUCGACCCGAGUGGGAGGAUUCCGCCAACCAAUCUGGCGGGAUGUGGUCUUUUUGCCCCCGGGAAAAGAACCACAGAUCAUCAGACAUGGACAAAGUAUGGCUUGAGUUGUUGUUGUUCCUAAUCGGGGAUCAAUUCGAUAUACUGUCCCAAUACGUCAAUGGAGUCUCGUAUUCGAAGCGCAAGGCUCAAGAUAGAAUAUCAUUGUGGAUCGGCACGGAAUUCUCCCGAAGCGAAGAGAUAUUGAAGAUUGGACACGCCAUGAAACAAGCGAUUGCUUUUGUCACCCAAUCGUUCAAAUUAGAAUAUUCUACGAGCGACGACUGGCGGCAGAAGACCGGAUCCUCCGUUACUACUAGGCGUAAGAACCACACGGUACCACACGCCAGCUUCGAGCGGCUCAGUAGCAAGUGCGCGUUGCAACUCUUGCUUGGACAGAGAGGCCACAUACGAACCUCGUGUACCUUGGGCCGACAACAUUCACGAAUUCUUCCGAGAAAUUACCUCGUUAAUCAGUUUCCGAGACAAUUAGGGUAUUUCACAAUGGCCGGAGGAGAUGAUAAAACCUCAAACGGAGGAGACAUUGAAGGAAUGGAUGUGGCUGCUCUGAAGACGCGUGUGCUCACCGACCCCGGUGUAGUCUCAAUGAUGUCCAACAAACUGAACUCCUUGGUAGGCAUGCCCAGCCACUACAUCGCGGCCCUUCCGAACGAAGUCAAGCAGCGCAUCAAGGCUCUCAAGAAGCUCCAGGUGGAUUAUCUCAAAUUGAAUGGCGAAUUCUACAAAGAGGCAGCUGCGCUGGAGAACCGGUACUUCGCCAAGUAUAAUGAGCUGUUCAGCAAGAGGAACGAAAUCACCAUGGGGAAGCAUGAGCCUACGGAAGAAGAGUGCGAGUACAAAGAGACGAACGUAGACAUCGCCGCCGACCUUGCCAAACCGAGUCCCAGCUCCGAGACCGUCAGCGGAAUCCCCUCGUUCUGGUUGACCUGUAUGAAGAACGCGAUCGACGGAACGAAUGAUUUCAUCACCGAGGAAGAUGAGCCCCUUCUCGAGCAUCUCACCGAUGUCGUGAUCGAGGACGGCGUCGACAACUUCAAGCUCCACUUCCACUUCAGCCCCAAUGACUUCUUCAGCAAUUCGGUUCUGACGAAAGAGUUCAAGUUGAAGCUUUCGCCGACCGAUGAAGAUCCAUUCAAUUUCGACGGUCCUGAAAUCAUCGCCAUGAAGGGCAUGAAAAUCGACUGGAAGUCCGACGACAAAGAUGUUACCCAAAAGAAGGUGACCAAGAAACAGAAGAACAAGAAAACUGGAGUUACCAGAACCGUCGUCAAGUCCGUACAGACAGACUCGUUCUUCAACUUCUUCAACAACACCGAGUGGGUCGAAUACAGCGAGGAUAUGGAGGAAGAUCUCGCUGAAGCCUUCCACACCGACACGAACCUCGGCUCUUUCUUCCGCGAACGCCUCGUUCCCCGAGCGGUUCUCUAUUUCACCGGCGAAAUGACGACCUACGACGAGGACUACGACGAAGAAUUGGACGAAGGACUCGAUGACGCAGACGAGGCUGCUGGUUCUGACGCCGACCCCGAUUACAAGCCAUCCAAGAGAGACUUGCGCAAGGCCCAGCAAAAUACCGAGUGCAAGCAACAAUAGGUUGAUCCGCGAAAAACCCACAGAAUGUUCAGGCAGACAAGCACCUUGUUCUUCUCAGGAGCCUCCAUCCCAGUCCACGGGGGGAGGCGAUUGGUAUCGUUCGACCGUUAUUUCAAACAGCGCUCUUAGCGACACUGCUACCAAAUAAUUCAUCAAUCAAUAAUUAUUUUUUAAUAAAGUGUCGGACUCUUGGAACUGUUGUUGUU